AGCGGCGGGCACCAUCCACCCGCCAGGACUGGUUCUCGUCGCAGCCCAUGGCCUCUCAGUUCCUCUCCAACGUGGCGGCCCUCCUGCAGCCCGGGGGAAUAUUCUUCGGCCUCCUGCCCGACUCCUCCACCCUCUGGUACAAGCAGCAGCGGGCCAUCGACGCUGCCAAGGCAGCAGUGGGGUCAGGAGGGGCAGGCGCCACACGGCCGGUGAUUCGCUCGUCACUCUACUCGAUUGUGUUUGAGAACCCAACGCCCUUUGAGGACAGCAAGGCAGUGUUCGAUCUGCGCUUUGCCUUCAAGAGCGCCGACCCCAGCAGCCUGCCCGCCAAGUCGCUGCUCGUGCACUUCCCCACGCUCAUCAGGUGCGCUUCAACAGAGGUGGAGAAUGACGGAGAGAAAGCCUCGGAACCUCCAGAAAAAAUCAAGGAAUUACUGAAAGAGUUCCAAGACAUUCUUCCUGACGAUCUUCCGAACGAGCUACCGCCAUACCGAACGCAUCAACACGAGAUCGUGGAGGAACCGGGUUCGAAGCCGACCUUCCGAGCACCAUACCGGCUCAGCCCUACAGAGCUGACUGACAUGAAAAAACAGAUCGAGUAUCUCCUAGCCAAAAGACUCAUCCGGCCAUCCACUUCGCCAUACGGUGCCCCAGUACUCUUCACACCGAAACCGGACGGAAGCCUGCACAUGUGCAUCGACUACCGAGCUCUUAACAAGCAGACCAUCAAAAAUAAAUAUGCGAUACCGCGAAUCGAUGACCUGCUUGACCAGCUUCGGGGAGCUACGGUAUUUUCCAAACUGGAUCUGCGGUCCGGAUACUGGCAGAUACGCAUGGCGGACAACUCUAUCCACAAAACUGCUUUCCGAACUCGGUACAGAUCGUACGAGUAUUUGGUAAUGCCGUUCGGACUCACCAACGCCCCGGCAACGUUCCAAGCCGAAAUGAACCACAUUCUACGACCACUUCUGGACGAAUGCAUGGUGGUGUACUUGGACGACAUACGCAUCUACUCGCGCGGCAUGAAGCAGCACGUCGAACACCUGCGACGUGUCUUCGAAAUUCUUCGACGAGAACGAUUCUACGUCAAACUGUCCAAGACCGAAUUCGCCCUUGAAAAGGUCCAGUUCCUAGGACACAUGGUGAGCGCUCGAGGAGUUCACGUCGACCCCAAGAAAAUCGAGGCCGUACGCCCGUGGAAGACGCCCGAGAACGUGAAGGAGUUGCAGCAGUUCCUAGGCCUCGCGAAUUAUUACAAUAGGUUCGUGCCACAGUAUGCGAAAAUCGCAGCACCACUCACGAAUGUGCUGAAGAAGAACACGCCCUAUAAAUGGGAACCAAAGCACCAGGAAGCCGUGGAGCAGCUGAAACAAGCACUCACGUCCGCACCGGUACUCAUCUUGCCAGAUCCCGAACGCGACUACGUAAUCGAAGCUGACGCCAGCGACCAGGCAGUGGGGGCAGUCUUAAUGCAAGACCAGGGGAAUGGACUGCAACCGAUCGCAUACCUCAGCAAGAAACUACAUGGAGCAGAACUAAACUACCCGAUACACGACAAAGAGGCCCUUGCCAUCUGGGACAGUGACAUCGCGUACCGGAAAGGAUCAACGAAAAUCUGGGUACCCAAUUACCCUCCUUUGCGCCAGUUACUACUCGAAGAAUACCACGACGUCCUGUACGCCGGACACUUCGGUAGCAACAAGACGCUCACCGGUAUCGCCAAACACUACUACUGGCCCCAUAUGGCAGACGACGUCCAAAAAUUCGUCACAUCGUGUGAUACAUGUCAGCGGAUGAAGAGCAGCAAGCAGAAAAAGGCGGGACUACUGCAGCCUCUUCCUGUCCCAGAACAGCCAUGGCAAGUGGUUAGCCUCGACUUCAUCACCGGGUUACCACCUACCACCAGCAGUCAUGACUCAAUCCUUGUCGUCAUUGACAAGUUCUCCAAAAUGGGACACUUCAUCCCGACACACACGACGGCACGCACCGAAAAGACAGCACAGCUCUUCGUUCGUCACAUCAUCUCACAGCAUGGCAUCCCAACCACACUCAUUUCCGACCGAGACCCCAAGUUCACCAGCAAGUUCUGGAAGGAACUUAUGUCUCUCCUCGGGACCCAACUCGCCAUGUCAUCUGCUUACCAUCCGCAGACAGAUGGACAGACCGAGCGCCUCAACCAAAUUGUUGAGCAACUACUCCGAGCAGCCUGCAAGGACGAGAUCUCCAAAUGGGACUUGCACCUGCCCGUACUAGAGUUUGCUUACAACAAUGCUACACAUGCCUCUACUGGACAGACGCCGUUCUUCCUCUGCUACGGACGCCACCCACUCACACCACAGAAACCGACAGCAUCAGCUACACUAGUUUCGUCAGCUUGGCUGGCAGAGGCAGCAGGGCUGCGACUUAUCGACAUCAUCAACCUGGAGACGCUUUACAAUGACACCAGAAGCCCUCAGACGCUGCGUCUGCUGGCCGACAUCUGUCCCUCCGCCCUGCACCUCCACCCCGACCCUCGCUGCGACGCCGCUGCGCCACCAGCAGCAGCAGCGGGUGCAGGUGCCCCCUGCUGCGUGGCGGGUGACGUGAGCCAGCUGCACCUCUCCAACUCGGCGCGCGACCUCAUGAGUCUCUUCGCCGUCUUCAUCUUCUCCAAGCCGCUGCCUGCUUCCCUCUUGCCCCCGCCACCCUCCUGUGCUGGCGUAGCAGGAAAGGCUGCUCCGAGUGUGGCAGAGGCCCCGUUGCAUGCAGCAGUGCCCACCAGUCAAGGGGGCGAGCAGGUGAGUGUUGAUGCAGGUGGGGCGAGGGGUGUGGGACAGAGGGGGCCUGCGCCACCACAGCCUUCACCUGUGCCACAGCAGCAGCAGAAGCAGCAGCAGCAGCAGCAGCAGCAGCCCAUUUCCAGCCUUGCUGGCCGAUCCCCAUUCACCUCAGCGCCCCCUGCACCAACGAGCAAUCGUGCUGCUGUGGCGCCAUCCCAAGUGCACGGUGGGCUGCCUGGCGCACCUUCACCCACCCCUCAGGCAGCGGGGAUGGCAGCAGGCAGAACGGCGGAAGGGCAUGGCAGGAAGGCGGUGAGUGAGGAGGGGCGGGUGCAUGGCAGUGCAGUGAAACCAGAAGCAGGUGGAGCGGCAAGUGGGGCGGCAGGUGUGGCAGCGGGGGCGCAGGGGGUGCAGGGGGUGCAGGAGCGCAGCGCAUGGGACAUGGAGGCGGGGUCGGACGAUGACCUCGAGCCCUGGGCUCUCGCCGGCCCUCGCCCCUCCCUCCCCCCUGGCCCAACCCCUGCCCACUCUGCCCCCUCGGUCUGCCCGCCUGCUGCUCAGCUGCUUCCCACUGGUGGUAGCCUGAGCGGCAGUGGGGGAGGGGAAGAGCCGGGUGCUGCGACGCACAGGGAGAGGGAUGAUGAGAGGGAGCAGGGGAUGGUGAGGGAUGAGGGUGGCCGUGGUGCGGAUGGGUAUGCGCGCCGCCCAGGCCAUGGACUGGGGCAGCAGCAGCUGCAGCAGCAUCCACACCGCAAUGCUGAGAGCCACCGGGAGCGCCAUAGGCAUGAGCAGAGUGGGUGGGACGAGGAGGGGGGUGGGAAAGAUGGGCGUGACGAGGUCAAGAUCCACCCUUGCCAUGAUGACCCUCGGCACAAUCAGCAGCUGCACCCCUCCCACCAUGCACACCCCUCUGCGCCUUCUCACCACCCCCACCACCGCCACCACCACCACCACCACCACCACCACCAUAACCACCACCCACAUGUCUCCCCACAUGCAGCAGCGCACAGCUGCGACCCUCACAUGCCGUCCCAGUCGGACCUGGCAGAGGGGGUGCCGGAUGGAGCACUGGAGCGGAGGGGCAGUGUGGGCGGGGUGGCGGUGGAGGGGGGGGAGGGCGAGGAGGGUGCGGUGCGGUGGACGGCGCAGGGGAAGCGCGAGAGGAGCCGCAGGAAGCCGCGCGGGCUGGCCAUGGAGGACAUCCUGCGCCGCACCGCCAUCAUUGCGGCGCGCGGCCUGGAGGUGCGGGAGAGGUCAGGUGGGGAGGACGAUAGUGGAGGUUGGGAAGGCAAGCGGAGAGGGGAGGUGGACGAGUGGGAGGAAUGGCACCGGCAGCAGAUGGCAGCUGGAGUGUAUGCCGGGCAGAGCAGGGCAGGGGUGCACGGCAGUGCGGGCCCUGCGAGGCAUGACGCAGCCUCUCCUGUAGUGGGAGCCCUGCAAGUUGUGGAGGCAGAUGCGGGUGGUAGAGGUGAGCACGUGAUGGGCAAGGCAGGGGACGCGAGGAGGACAGGCGCAGUGGCGGCCGGAGUGCACAGUGAGACGGCGCUGGGGGCUUUGGGAGUGUUGGCUCAUGCAGGUCAAGGAGGGGGGCUUCCCAUCGUGCAGUGCGGUGCCCUUGUUGGGCAAGCACGUCCGAUUGGUAUAGUGGACAGAGAGCCUAUCAUAACAUACUCACUGAAGAGAAGUCGCAAAUCACUCAACAAGGAGCACCUGGGAAAAUAGGGCAGACUCUGAUGCUAGUCUUCUAGUGUGCCUAGCCUCGACAUUUUGUUAUGAGUAUUGUUGGGCUGAGAAAAGGCCUAAGGACCUUUUCAGAGACUAAGUCCCACUUGUACAAAACGCUUGAGUAGUGCAGCGGAAGUGUUGAGUAGUUGAACC